AGGUUAUUCCCCACAUAUUCUCAGCACCACAGUUCCCACCCUUCACAAGUCAUCCUUCCAAUCCUGCGACUCACUAGAGCAAGGAAUUCCAUUUGCAAACUUAAAAUCGCAAGCUGUGCUUGCUUUGAUACGGCUUUGUAGCUACCUGAAAAAUCCCUUUCACUACUCGUGCAGGCCACGACUUCUCAACAGAGCUUAUUACAUUUGAUAUAGCGGGUUGACCUUUGGCUAUUUACCCUUUGAAGAUCAUGUCCCGAAGCCGGCUUUUGCGCUCUCAGUCAACGGAUGACCUCCUCAGCCGCAAUCUCAAUUCUUAUUCUUCCGGGGCUUGCGACAGCUUUUAUCGCCCGAGCUCAUUUGAUUACCAGGAUCCGCUUGACUAUGACCAGGGGUUUCAGUCACGAUAUGAUAGGCGUUGCUCACAAUCAUCUAGAGCCAAUGAGAGGGAUGCCAGCAGUUACCAUCGCCAUCCUGUGAAAGAGCGUCACGUAACUUGGGCCCCCAUCCUGGAGUCUGCCACUCCCCGUGGCAUAGUCCCUAGCACCUUGGAAAAAAGGCUGGGGUCAAAUGGGACUAACGCUUAUCGAAACUCGAAUCAGUCGUGCCCCAUUCAUGGCUAUGAGGGACAGAAAUUCACUGUGAAUAGAAGCCCGAACAGAUGUAAUUUGGCUGCCAGUUCUUACAAUUCGUGGCCCAAUACUACAAGCCUCUACGAAAUACGUCCAUCGAGCAGGGAUAUUUCACCCAGAUGCAAUUCUAUCUAUGGCUCAACGGAUCCCAGGAUUUCAAGAGACUACUCUCGAUACGAAAACGCUGCUUAUACGUUACCUCAUAGUCAUAGGUACUCAAGCUUGAGCAGUCUCAGGAGCCCUUUCCUAAAUAUGGGAUAUUACCCUUCCAUUGGCUCCAAUUAUCAUGGCCUUGUAAACUCAGCACUGAUUCCACAGUCCAACUUGCAAAGGUCAAAAUGGCGCAGAUCAGUCAUAGGCCUGAAUCGACUGAGUUUGUAUCAUUGACGAGGGAAACAUCGAGUUUUUCUUCACUUUUACGGGUCGGGCUUCCACCUUCUCCUUGAAGUUCCCUUCGACUUUUACUUUGAAAACUAUUUUGUGAUUUCGCCUGGCUGCUUUCACAGAAUUUAUGUUCUCCAAACUGGCUUUUUGUUUCUUUCUUUCGUGCUGCAUACUCUUGUAUUACCACUCUGAAUCAGAUACCUCGCAAGAUAUCAAGUUUUGUACAGUAGUUCUUGAUUCAAAAUAUUGAGUGAGAUAUUCUUAAGAAAAAAAAGUUUGAUCAGUGUGCUUUCAGUAUGCAGGAUUCUAUCUCAAUGGUUUUCAUGAUUCAAA